AUGGCAGGAGAGGACGAAGGAAAGCGAGGGGAUGACUGGGAAUUGAUACCAGGCCUCCUGAUUGCCGGUCAGUUGUGCUACCACUACACCACCGAACCCGGGACAUUCAAUCGUGCCUCUCAAUGCCAUCCAUAUGAUUACACUAUCCCCUCCUUAAGGAAGUCUGGACCUCCAGACUUUAGUGCACAAUUUGACUGCCAGUGGGUUUUCGUAUUGCUGGCGAUGCUGACGAUGGACGUCGUCGUAGGAAAGCCCAUGCCACAGUGGGGAGACUGGGACGACAUUGGAUGGGGUGGAGGCUACGGAGGCUGGGGAAACGGCUGGUGCGGCCCUCCCAGCGACCCAGCCAGCGGACUUCCUUGCCUUAGAAUUGUAAGCAAGGCCAAUCCAAAGGUCGGCGAUCUCAUCUCACCCUUCAUCAAUCCAAAAAAAGGAAAAUAUCGCAAAUCUUCAUCCAAUGAAGAAGAUAAGUAA